UUCAAUGGCCCUUUACUGGUUUCUGUGUAUUACAUACUUUGUGGCUUCUAUGAUGAUACUGGUAUAAAGUGUUAGACAACUCAUUGCAAAAGAGAAAAAGCAACUAUCAAUAGAAUGGGAUCAGUACUACUAACUGGAGCAAUACUAGUUAUACUGAGUACAUGGUAUGCAAAUGCUCUAACACUAUCUGAUUUGUACCCAUAUGGAAUAGAACAUGGGGACACCAUGAGUAAUGGAACUGAUCUGCCUGAAGUGUCAAUAGAACCUCCAAUUGAUAAUUUAGUUGGAUUUAGUCCAGCUGGGCUUACAGGAACAAGUUAUGAAAUUUCACAUAAUGGGAAACUGGAUAUUCUAAAUGAUGGUGAUGAUAUAAUUCGUUUGUUACUGCUCCAGUUAGCAGGUGAUUUUUCGAAUACUAAGAUUUAUGGUAGGUCUACUAAUGAUGCAGUAUUGAUCAAGAGAGCGAUGAAUCAGAUUAAUGAAGGAUUUCCUAAUACUUUCUGCAGUACAUCUCCUCCUUCACGAUUAAUAAUAGCAACAUGGAUAGAUUAUCAAAAAACUGACACAGACACAGGCAGUAACUUCCAAGUAAUAGUUGCAACUAAUCAAAACAUUACAUUUGGCAUUGCUCUUUAUGUCAAUGUGCACCUUAGAACAGCUUUUACUGGAAUAGGUUCAAUUAUUAAUGGUACAAGCGUAUAUCAACGUUCUUUUUUUCCAAUUGGUACUGAUGUUGCAAGUAUUCCCAAUAUGAUGUCUAAUAGCAACAUACCAGGGACAUACAUAACUUCACUGAAUCAUAUACCACCAGAUCCUUGCACAGAACCUGACUGCUCUGUUGUAUGUAAAGCCAAACUUCUCAGAAUGGCAUGUGAGGCUAUGGGGAUUGAUGGUAAAGAUCUACCAGCUCCUUGUCGUAACUGAACAGUAACAGUAGUGACUAGAUAUCGUUGUAUUAAUUUUUGUAGCAAAUGUUAGAUGAAGGAAGUAUUGUUAAAUGAA